ACCGCCGUGCUAAACUAAACACUUCCAAAUUUGAACCUGUUCCAAUUUUGAAUUAUUUGUUUUUCAUUUUUGGCCAGUGAUCGGAUUUUCGGAUUUUUUAGAGUCAACCAUGGGGUCAAACAUCAAAGCCUCAACUCUGCUCCUGAUCUUCGUGACCUUCUCCUCCGUGGCUGCGCAGACUUUCCAGUACUCUCGGGGCUGGACCAAUGGGAAGCGGGCGCAGAAGAUGGACGAGGGAAACCUGGCAGGGAAUCUGGAGAAGAUUCUGAGCCCGUGCCAGAUGAGCAAGCUGAAGUAUGUGCUGGAAGGAAAGCCAGCGAGUGAGCGACUACUCCUCCCGUGUGACUACCCCGAAGACGACGAAGCCCCCAAACGUUACAAGAACGAACGCCAAGACCCCUUGUUCGACAGCUUUCUUUGAAGAUCCAACACAGAGAAAAAUACAGAUGACAUCUAAGAUAAUGUUAAUUUUUAUAAGCUCAGGAUUAGUUAAUUCGUCGGCCGCGAAAAGUCUAGUGUACCUGUCGUAUUUUAAUAGGUAGGCAUCUGCAGUGCUAU